GAUUGGUCCUUUUUUCUGUUCUUCUUGCUGGCAUGUGGCAUGUGUGUGUUAUGGGAUUUGUUUUGUGUGUGUAAUUGUGUUGUUUCUGCUGAGGUUAAUCUUGCGUGUUCUCUCCCUCCUGUCCUCCGCUUGACACUCUCUUGCGCCCCCUCUAGGACCCUGCAGUGGGACACUGACCCCUCUGUUCUCCAGCUGCAGGCAGACUCUGAGCUCGGGCAACAAACACACAGGAUGGGGCCAUCUAAGAUAACUCAGGUGAACUUCCUGCCCAGAGAAUUGGUCUCCUACAGUAAAGCGACUCAGACACCUUUAGCAGCCCUUCAGUCUGAAGAUGACAGACAGCCUAUCAAUAAUCACUCUUGUAGUGUCACGUGUCGUGAAGUUCAAUGAUUUCUCAGCAUUUUUGGAACACUGAUCAGUUGGCAAAAUGGAAGACAGCAUUUCCUCGGCACGG